AUGGCUUCAACCUCGACCGCCAAGUCCAGCCGGCUAAUGAUCUCUAAGAAUGCAAAAAUGGCUUUAUCCCGACUACCCUCAGUACAAUCAAUCAUCUGGUUGCCCCCGACCGCUCGAAUCGGCUCGACCUUCGCUGCCGUCUUCCUAGGCGGCGACACGAGACGAAAGCAAUUAGAUCGGCCUGCUCGAGAAGCUCUCCACCUUGAAAUUGGCUGUUUGAUAAUUGAAAUUGGCCUGCUGAAGCUCUCCACAAGACCACUUCUUCUACUGAUCAAUUUCCACGACCUACCUCCGGACACCAGCUCACGCCGUCUCUGCGACCUCCCUCCUGUUGUCGCAGCCCCGGAACCCCGCCGCAAAACUUCCUUCUCUCGCCGCAACAUCGAAUUAGAUGGCGCCGCCAUGGACGCAAAGCACGCGACUCUGAUGGUGUCCAGGAUGUCGACGUACCGGAAGUACUUAAAUGUUUUUGUACCAUGA